GGGUGGGGCGAGCGCGUGGACGGGCGCUGGCGAUAGGGCUGCGGAGGCGCGUGCGUGUGCGUGUGUGUGUGCGUGAGUGGUGGGCUGCGCAGCACGUGCGGAGUCCGGCGCGCGGACUACGCUGCUGCAUGCCGCGCGAAUGUGCGUCCGUUGAACAGCUGCUGCAGCCAUGUCCAAGUACAACAAUGAUCGCAGCAGCUCGGGCCAGACUUACAAGAUCGUCAUCGUGGGUGGUGGCGGCGUCGGCAAGUCGGCGAUCACCAUACAGUUCAUUCAG